AUGAGGGGGGGAACUGCAGUUUCUGGGAGAGCCCGUGGGGACGCCACAGCCCCUAGCAGGACCCCUGAUGUCACUGCCUCUGGGAACUCCCCUGGGUUUCCUACCGCCCCUGGCAGGUCCCCUGGGGUUGUUGCUGUCCCUAGAAGAGACCCUUGGGGUGCCACCCCCCCCCCGGGAAGGGUACCUGUGGGUGAGACCGCCAAUGAGAGGGCCCCUGGGGGCGCUACCGCACCUGGGAGGGUCCCUGAGAGCGCCACCGUCACUGCCAAGGCACCUGGGGAUGCCACUGCCCCUGACAAGGCCCUUGGGGGCGACAGCGCCCCUGGCUGGGCCCCUGAGGGCGCCAGUGUCACAGUGAGGGUACCUUAUGCGCCUCUGCCCUUGGGCGGGCCAAUAGGGGCUCCGCCACCCCUGGGAGGAUUCCUGGAAGCUCCAUCGUGCCUGGGAAGGCUUCUGGGAGGGCCCCUGGGGGCGCUGCACCUAAUAGGCCAAAUGGCAGGGCCCCAGGGGGCAUUGUGCCUGUAG